AAUAAAAAUUUUAAAUUGAUUAAGUGUAAACUAAUCAAUAAAAAAGUGCGAGUAAAGAAGACAACGAUAUUUCGUUGGUUCAGAUAGUAGGACGACGAGGUUUCGUGAUCAGAUGGAAAUAUUGAUCCUGAGCAAGUCUCGUUCGCUUACGGUCUGUUGUCAAAACACAUUUUCUUGACUGUGGAGCGCAUCAAACGUGCAAAAAGAAACCUUAUUGCGUGAGUUUUUUUACAAUUAUGAAAUAAAAAAUGAAAAUGAUCCUCAAAAAUCGAUAAAGGAAUUCCAAAAUAAAACAUACAUUGCGGAUAAUGUAACAUUCGUCUUGCAAUGUAUCCGUAAAUUGAACAAAAAAACCAGCAGCUGUUUGCAGAAUGGGUAAAUUUGGAAAGAAGCUAUCAACCUUGAAAAUAAAUUGAGGAAUUUGCAUUAAAUUUUAAAUUACGGAAGAAAAGAAUAGGAUAUACAUCAUUCAAUAUGGUACCAACUAGAGAAAAUCACGAUCACUUGUCAAUCAUGAAGAUGACUAUUUCGGACGAUAUCGGAGACCGUUCGCAUCUUCCGGGAGGAGUUGUUCUCGAAGAUGCAGAACAGAAGAUAAGAUGUAGGGAUGAUGAGAUCGUGAAAAGGACUUAUUGAACGUGAUAAAAUCACGUGAUAAAUUUUUAAAGCUGGAGCUCUUCUGCAAAAUGCCUCUGCCCAGCAUCCUGAGAAAGGCGAGUAGUUUCAUCCUAGGGGAUGGUUGUCAGGACUCUCGCCGGGUGAUGUACCAGGAUGGAGAGGCUCUUUUCUGUAAAAACAAUGUCUGUGUUCAUCCACCUACCCUGAUGAGACAGCAUUGCGACGUUGUACAUCACCCAGGAUAUAUGACUCUGACUUGUAAGAUCAACAAGAAUUCAAAUGUACCUACUCUACAUCUUAGCUGGAUUCCUAACAGUACUUUGAGGAAACAUCCCACCACUUUGGAGAAUAUCAUCAGAAAUCGAGAGAACUCUAGGGAUGUCAGUCCUCAUCGAGUCGAGGAGGAGAGAGUUGAUGUCUGUUUAGAGGUCAAAGAGCCGGUAAAUUGUGGAGAUUGCGAACGAGUUUGUUCAGGCGGGAAUUCAACCUCUACUCCACUAGAGCCAUCUCAGCCACUUAAGAACUACACUGAAUAUUCUCAAGACGAAUCGGAACCAAGUUGUGCUUCCCCUAAAACUUCAGAUGCCUCAACUUUUUCUGAAACGAAUGGCGAAGUGACAUUAAAACAUCAAGAGAAUAUUGAUGAAGGACAAGCAAUAAGUAAUUCUUUGGAAAAGAGCAAUGGUAUCCUGAAGGAAGAAGAUAGUUUCCAGGAGAGAAAGUUUCCUGAAGUCUUCGAACAAAAUGAGAAAAUGACUGAUGAAGAACCCCGGUUUUUGUACAGCGAUAAUACAAGUAUCAAAAGUCGAAGUCUCUCCCUCACGUCAAAUUGUAGCUUGUUCGUCAUUGCAUCAAAUGAUGAAGAAAUACCAGCAUGGAUGAGGACGCCAGAGCUUCUGGCUCUUCAGCACAACUUGACCUUCCCAGAAAGUGCAACAGCUUCUCCUAUAACUUUAAGAAGAGCCCAUCGUUGCAGAAGAUUUUCUGUGGAUCUAAGUCAGAUGAGAUCUCUUAGAUUAUUUUUUUCAGACCCGGCAUGUACAAGCGGACAAUUAGUAGUUGCGAGUAGAGAAAGUCAAUAUAAAAUCCUACAUUUCCAUCAUGGAGGAUUAGAUAGGCUAGCAACAACUUUGCACCAGUGGCAUCAACUUCUGUAUCCGAGACUCGAUACCGAGGCUGAAGAAACUUUGCCCUACAGACACUUUAUGGUUUGUAGACCAGAAGUGAGUCGAGAUGAACUCCACCCGGAAGAGGGUCAAGUACCAAUGAUUACCUCCUUAGCCUGGAAGGAUUUGCUGAACGAAAGGGGACAAGUAGAGGAUGACUUGGCUCUCCGGAAAGGAAUAUUUUUGGGGGGCUUGGAGCCUGCACUGAGAAAACUAGUAUGGCCUUUCCUCUUGCAUUGCUACUCAUAUCAAAGCACUUACGAGGAUCGGGAACAAAUUGAUGCGAUAAGAAGACAAGAGUAUACGGAAAUUGAACAUCGAAGACGCAAUAUGGGGCCGGAAGAUGCUGAAAGAUUUUGGAGAAAUGUUGUGUGCAUCGUCGAGAAAGACGUAGUUAGAACCGACAGGGCGAAUCCUUACUAUGCAGGGGAGGAUAAUCCUAAUAUAGAAGUGAUGAAGAAUAUUCUACUCAACUAUGCUGUCUACAACGCACCUCUGGGCUACACGCAAGGAAUGUCGGAUUUAUUAUCACCCUUACUGGCAGAAUUAAAUACGGAAAUUGACGCUUUCUGGUGUUUUGCGGGGCUAAUGCAAAGAUCGGUGGCUGUAUGUACACCUACUGACACCGACAUGGAUAGGAAUCUGAGCUACCUCAGAGAAUUGAUUCGAAUUAUGGUCCCUGAUUUUUACUCUCAUCUUCAAAAGCACACGGAUGCUUCGGAAUUGUUGUUUUGCCAUCGAUGGAUUCUUUUAUGCCUAAAACGUGAAUUCCCGACAGAAGUAGCUCUAAUUAUGUGGGAAGCUUGUUGGGUCAACUACCUAACUGAUCAUUUCCAUCUAUUUCUUUGUCUGGCAGUAAUGUGUGUCUACGCAGACGAUGUAAUAGCCCAAGACCUAAGAACGGAUGAAAUGCUGCUACACUUUAGUUCCCUAGCAAUGUACAUGGAUGGAACAGUAAUCCUCAGAAAAGCUAGAGGAUUGUUGCACCACUUUCGUCAACUUGAUAGGUUGCCCUGCACCCUGGCUGGCUUGUGUAGACAAUGUGGUCCUGGGAUGUGGGACAGCAGUCACGAUCCUGUGAUCGAGUGCAUUGGCCAUCUGAACGAAAAAUGUCCCUUCGCUGAAAACUACGAGUAACGAGCUAACACCGAAGUCUCAUUUCCAAAAUAUAAAAGACACCCAUCCGGCAAUAUGAUGUCCCGGGAAAUCCCGAUCGAAACCAUUUAUAUUCCGGGAUGUCCAAGGGAUAAUCUGGUAGAAUAUUCAAAUUUUGAUACAUCCCAUGUGGAACAUUUUUAAUAUUUUGAAUAUCCAGAAACGUUCCAUAAACCAAUUUUUGCCCCUGCAAGAUAUCCACACUAGGCUGACCCAAAAUACUUUUUGCGAGCUACAAGGCAAGUUACAAGGCAGAAAGAAAAUUCGUAAGUUUUUUUUCGAAAUUCAAAUACUAAUAACUUUUAUUUUUAACUCGCCUUUACUCACCGCAAAAAGUAUUUUUUUUAUUAUUGGGCCAUAUUUUUGAAGUGCCCAGUGGCACUUGUUAAUAUUUGCAUGUCGAAAAAAAAUACGGAUUAUCUUUCUCUAGAGUUCUCCCUGGGCCAUAAACGGCAUAGAAUAGAGUAUCCCGGGAUAUCCUAUUUCUGUGAGCGCAUCGCCUCGAAAUCAGGGAAGCUACAUUUUUAGCCAUGAUUUUCUAUUUAUAAAUUAUCCUUAAUGAGGAUGGCUGCUGAACCAGAAAACCACGGGAAAUAAUGGUAAAAUUAUUUUGCUGACCGGCAUUUUUUAAUCAUUUUUUAUGAAAUUUGUGAAACUAUGACAUUUUUAAUGUAACAUUCUGUUAAGUUUUAGUUUUAAUUUCGAAUUGAUUAAUUUCAAAUUUCAAAUAUUAUAAUGCAUAUUCAAAAGUUUGAGCAAUUGGAAAUUAAAUGUGAACAACCAUCAAGCAAUAACAUAAACAAAUUAUAAAUUUUUGAAGGUCAAUAGUUUUGAUGAAACUUUUCAAGUCGAUUAAGUAUAUGCAUAUAUUAAAGAGCUAAUAAAAGUUGAACUAUAACAUUUAAAAUGAAAUAAUAAUUUACAGUGGAACACUUUGAGAACAAAAACUUCUUAUUCUCAUAAAAAUUGAAAAUAUGUGCAAUCUUUGAAAUUGUAGUGCUUCAACUCGAAAGUCUGCACAUAGGCCAACAAUUGUAACUUUGGAUUAAAACUGCCUGCAUAAAGUAAUUUCAAUUGAAAACGUUUCAAAACGAAAAUUCCUAAUUGAAGACUUCAAAGAAAUCAUUUUUUUUCAAUUAAGCAAUGUUUAAAUUUUUAUUAGUUACAUGAAAUUAUAAUUGGAAAUGUAUUUUUUAAAUAAAAAAAAUAAUCUAAAAUAAAGUACAAUAAUGUGCAAAUUAUAAUAUUUUGUAAAAAUUUGUAAUUACUUGUAAAAUUUAUCAAGUGUUCGAAUUCUAGCAAAAAUUUUUGUCU